AUGGCCGUGAGAGAAGCCUCUCAUGCCGGGUCGUGGUACUCUGGCAAUGGCCGACAACUGGCAGCCCAACUCGACCAGUGGCUCUCACAAGUGCCCGAGACAGGCGUGCUUCCUGGCGUCGACAGCUUGCCAGUGCCGGGAGCCCGAGUGGUGAUAUCUCCCCACGCAGGGUACGCAUACUCUGGUCCCUGUGCGGCAUGGGCGUACAAAUGCCUCGACCUGUCCAAGGCCAAACGCAUCUUCAUCCUCCACCCGUCCCAUCACCACCACUUGAGCACGGCCGCGUUGCCCGUCGUGGACGCCUACGAGACCCCUCUCUCCAGCACGCCUCUCCCUCUCGAUCAUCAGACUAUCCAACAACUGUCCUCUCUGUCCGCGGUCGUCCAAGGCCGCACUGUCAAAUUCACCACCAUGUCUCAGCCCGUGGAUGAGGCCGAACACAGCGCCGAGAUGCAGCUGCCAUACAUCCACCGUCUUCUCCAAAAGCUAUACCCCGGCAAGCCCGAGUCCUCAUACCCCCCUCUCGUCCCCAUCAUGGUCGGAGGGACGAACGCUGCAACGGAGGCUGCGCUGGGAAAAAUGUUGGCUCCAUACAUCGCAGAUGAAAGCAAUGCCUUUGUCAUCUCGUCGGACUUCUGUCACUGGGGAAGUCGGUUUGGCUAUACGUACUACCUCCCCGAUGCACCCAGCCCGGCUUUGUCGCCGCUCACACUCCCCAAUGGCGUGCGAGGAGAGUCCACCACGGCAAAAGAGUCGGUCAAUGAAGACGUACACAAGAUGCCCACAUUGGGACUCGGUCAUAAUCUCGGCUCGAGGAAUCCGGUACCAAAAGACGGGCCACAGAUAUUUGAGAGCAUCGCACACGCUGACCGGGCUUGCAUGUGCGCCAUAGCUUCGGGAGAACAUUCAGAAUUCCUCCGUGUGCUCAAGGAAACCGGCAACACCGUCUGUGGGCGGCAUCCCAUUGGAGUAUUCAUGGCUGGCCUUGAGGAGGUGGAGCGGCUGGAGCGGGAGAAGGGUGGUGAACCGGGAGACCACAGACGGUUCAGGUUCAUGCGGUACGAACGAAGCAGCGACGCCGAGACGGUCAGGGACAGCAGUGUGAGCUACGUGAGCGCUUUUGCGGUCCUAUGA